AUGUAGAUCACCAGUCUGGUCACUAGGAAGGAGGAACAGACAUUUGAUUUGGUAAAGGAACCCCGAGACAGCCUCAUUUCUGGGCCUCAUUCCACGUCUGAGCAAAUGCCAGUUUGUAAUGAAACUUUCUUUGGACACCACGCUUUCCUCUUAAAAGGAACUUGACUUAAAUCUGUGCAUUGCCAAGGGCAAGGAGCCGAGAACAUGGAUAGACAGAAGUUUCAGCAGAAGGUUCUGAAGCAAACUAAGCAGAAGAAAUCCAAGUCGGCUGAAUUUCUGAUGGUUAAAGAAGCUAGAGAAGCUACGGAAGGCACUGGAAAUCCAGCUUUUAACAUGAGCAGCCCAGAUCUCUCAGCACAUCAGACUUCAGAAAAGAAAGUUAUUAGACAUGACAUGCUGGAUCGCACCCUUGCAGCUCACCAACAAAAAUUCAGGCUGCUAGCCUCUGCUGGACCAAAAGGAAAUGAAUACAGCAGAAAUUACUUUGACCCACUGACGGAUGAGGAAAUAAACCCAAGGCAGUAUGGGAUGGAGGUCAGCGGAGAGGGUGAACUAGAAUUAAAGCUGUUUCAUGAGAGUGGGCAAGGAGGACCCCAAGAUGAGAGCAUCGUGGAGGAGACUUUCGGUUCUGGAGAGCUGGCGAGUUCUGGUAAGAUUCUUGGACUCUACAAAGAGGACGGUGAAGCCACCUCUGCUUACAGUGAGGAGAUUGAAAGAUACGCCCAGAGAGACAUAAUUCUGCCUGGAAGUUCUUCACUGGAACAGGAUUCGAAAUUUGAAGGGGAAGGACUCAGUGAAUACCUUCCUAUGUCAUGUUUAAAGACUGACAAAACAUUUGAGAAAGCUCCAAGUCAACCAGUAAUUGCAGACCUAAAUGUUUGUAAAGAAGGCAGCGGAGCCAAGCUUGGUAUCCUCACAGAAGUAACCCACCAAUCAAAGGGAGCAGCAUGGCCUUGGCCGUGCUGGAAGAGUCGGUCACCUCAGCCUCUUCAAAUACAGAUGAAAUGCAUAAGGGGUCUCAAGAACAAGGCUCCCCAAGGCUCCUACUUCCUCAAAGUGUCCCUGCUUGGUCGACCAGGUGGCCGUGUCUUGCCGUGGUGCCCAACGGAGCAGCUGAAGACCAGAACACACCCACUGAGGCAUGAUGGAAAUUUUUAUGAUGUGGGGCUGUAUUUCCACGAAAGCCUUUAUGUGGUACUCCCGUCUAAGAAGGAUGUGAAACCUGGUGCAGCUUUCUUGUUUGAACUCAUUCUCCUUCGUGGGAAAUCUGCUUGUCUCCACCAAGUUGUGGGCUGGACAACUUUCCCUUUGUACGAUAGCAAUUUGGAUGUAGUGGAGGGAAAAUUCAAGUGUCCACUUCUCCGAGGACAUUAUGACCAGAAACUCGACAACUUCAGGAAAAUUGAAGAUUUGAUAUGCUUGGACCUGGACCACUGGCUGUGCAAUCUCUACUUUCAGGUAGUUAAACUUCCUCUACAUUUGGAUGACCAAAAAAACCAUGAAAGACGUAUUCAGCUUCCCCCUGAAUUUCCAGUUUGUUUAGUGGCUGAAGCAGAGAAAGCAGAAUCAGGUGUCAAUAACACAGCUGGCCUUUCAGAGAAAGAAACAGAGAAGAACAUUUGUGCCUCAAGGGGUGAUGAAGCUAAAUCCUCCUCACUCCCAUCUCAAGGAAGUGUUUCUAAUAAAAUUGGUCCCUGCCCUACGGACUGUGGUCUCAAUCUCUCAAAAGAAGACCAUGAAUUACACAAUAAGGUAGAAAGUAAUUUGGUCUUCAAAGCAGGUUUUGAAGUGCAGGGCAUACUAAAGCAGCUGACGUUGGUGAAAUCAUCUGUGAAGGAAACAUCAACUGCUUGGAAAACUGGAGAAAUUGAAGAUUAUUCUCAGGAUACAUCUUAUUUGGAGGAACUGGAGAAACACAGAUUUUCAGUUUGCUGUUCUUCAGUAGCUGAUAGUACUGGAUCUGGAGAAUUCUUCAAGCAUCUCUAUUUUGUGCUGGCGUCAGUGUUUUCAGAACUUCAGUUCGCUCAAUGGCAAAGCCAGGGCUUCUGGUACAUUAUCUUGCUGACGGCUUCUCUCUGGUUCCUGCGGCUCUACCUGCAUUACCUCAGCCAGUGGCUUUUCCUCCAGGCCAUUUCAAUUCCUGUUACAAAAUUCCAUUUUUCCCCGCUCACGGUUGAGCUCUGCUACCCAACCUCUUUACUUCGCAUCGGAGAAGAGUUGCUUGUGGUUGUGAUGGGGCCUUUAAUGCUGAACGCAAUGGUACUUCCCUUGGUUCUGAUCAGAUGGGGCUGUCAGGUACUGUUUGCCUUCUGCCCUGAUGUCCCGUCAAAGUUAAUCAUCACCAUGGGACUAUGGACAGUUCUGGACCCACUGGCAGUGUUUAUUGUGGAUACUGUCCUGGGGCGGCUUUCACAUGAUGGGGAGACUCCUGUAGCUGAUGCAGCAAAGCUGUACUGGAUGUUUGAAAAAACCAUGCAAUCAGGAAUCCUUGGUGUGGUGCUCACGGUGCUACUUUACGUGCUCCUCUUCAUCAUUUCAUCUUUGAUUUUAUAUUUGUAUUGUCUCAGAUUGCACAAUGAUUCCUGGAUAUUAGACGCAUUUCAGCGCAUCCACAGUGAAGAAACCAAGUUUUUUAUACCAUACGAUUUGGAGAUUUCCAAUCAGGAACUCAGCUAUAUAGUAAAAAGAUCUGAGCAGUGGAGAGGACUCAAUGGUGAGAGAAGGAAGCCAUUUACUAUUGUAUUUGAUCGCCACCACAGUACAAAUCUUGUCACUCAAUUGUAUGUUGAUUUUUUUAUUAGUCGAAAUGAGGAGACAUGA